AUUUCCACCAUUACCGAAAUGCCCCUCCCAAGACCACAUAUCCCAACCCAGUCCCCAUUCCGCUUCGCUCCCUCCGACGCCCUCCUCGCGGACAAAGCAAUCACCUACCUCAAGCGCCACCCUCACAACCUCCAUUCUUUCUCUUCCGAUUUUACCCCUGAAGCCGCCUCCUGCCUACUCCUCAAGUCCCAAUUCGACCAAACCCUAACCCUAAAGUUCCUCAACUGGGCCCGCCACCGCAACUUCUUCACCUUCCAAUCCAAGUGCCUCGCCCUCCACAUCCUCACCCGCUUCAAGCUCUACAGGUCCGCCCAGGCCCUCGCCGAGGACGUCGCCGUCACCGCCGAAGAUGACAAGGGCAAGUUGGUCUUUGACUGCCUCACUGACUCAAUGCAGGUCUGCAAUUCCAGCUCGGCGGUUUUCGACUUGGUAGUCAAGUCUUACUCUCAUUUGAAUUUAGUUGAUAAGGCUUUAAAUGUUGUUGAUUUAGCUAAAGCUCAUGGAUUUAUGCCCGCCGUGCUUUCCUAUAAUGCGAUUUUAGAUGCUGUGAUUAGGUCUAGAGGCUCUGUUCAGUUUGCCGAGGAGGUGUUUAGUGAGAUGAUUAGGAGUGGUGUCUCGCCGAAUGUCUAUACUUAUAAUAUUUUGAUUAGGGGGUACAGCGCGGCGGGGAAUGUGGAAAUGGUGUUGUAUUUUUGGGGUGAGAUGGAGAGGAAUGGGUGCUUGCCGAAUGUGGUUACGUAUAAUACGUUGAUUGAUGCUUAUUGUAAGUUAAAGAGGAUGGAUGACGCGUUCGGGUUGUUGAGGUCGAUGGCGUUGAAGGGCCUGGAGCCGAAUUUGAUUUCGUAUAAUGUGGUGAUUAAUGGGUUGUGUCGAGAAGGGAGAAUGGAGGAGACAAGUCAGGUUGUUGAGGAAAUGAAAAGGAAGGGUUUUGUUCCGGAUGAGGUGACUUAUAAUACACUUAUUAGUGGGUAUUGUAAGGAAGGUAAUUUUCACCAAGCACUUGUGUUGCAGGAGGAGAUGCAGAGGAGCGGUUUGUGUCCAAAUGUUGUCACUUAUACAGCAUUGAUCAAUGCAAUGUGCAAGGCUAACAAUUUGAAUCGAGCGAUGGAGUUUUUCGAGCAGAUGCGUGUUAGAGGACUUCGUCCGAAUGAGAGGACGUAUACUACAUUGAUAGAUGGCUUCUCCCAACAGGGUUUAUUAAAUGAAGCUCAUGGUCUUCUGAAUGAAAUGGUUGGGAGUGGAUUCCUACCUUCAGUUGUGACUUACAAUGCCCUUAUCAAUGGAUACUGCUUAUUAGGCAGGAUGGAAGAGGCCCUGGGAAUUGUACAAGAUAUGGUAGGGAAAGGGCUCGCCCCUGAUGUAAUAAGUUAUAGUACUAUCAUCACCGGGUUUUGUCGGCAUCAGGAAUUGGAGAGUGCGUUCCAAAUGAAGAUGGAGAUGUUGGAGAAGGGGAUAUCACCAGAUUCUGUAACCUAUUCAUCACUAAUUCAAGGUGUCUCUCAGCAAGGGAGAUUAGUUGACGCUUGUGACCUUUUCCAAGAAAUGAUAAGUAUGGGUUUGGGUCCUGAUGAAUUCACAUACACAACCUUGAUAAAUGCUUACUGCAAGGAAGGGGAUUUGAAUAAGGCUCUUCAGUUGAAUGAUGAAAUGAUAAAGAAAGGUUUCCUACCUGAUGUUGUGACAUAUAGUGUGCUUAUCAAUGGACUUAAUAAACAAGCUCGGACGAGAGAAGCAAAGAAGCUUCUACUCAAAUUGUUCUACGACAAGUCUGUCCCAGAUGAUGUCACAUACAAUACUUUAAUAGAGAGCUGCACAAAUGUUGAAUUUAAGAGUGUGGUGGCUCUUGUGAAGGGAUUCUGUAUGAAGGGUUUGAUGAAAGAGGCAGAUCAAGUUUUUGAAACAGUUAUUAAGAGGAAAUACAAACCUAAUGGUGCAGUUUAUGACGUUAUCAUACAUGGUCAUUGUAGGGAAGGAAAUGUUCAGAAGGCAUUGGAUCUGUACAAGGAGAUGUUGCGUUCUGGUUUUCUCCCUCAUACUGUGGCUGUUAUUGCGCUGAUUAGAGAACUUUUUACAGAGGGAAUGAAUAAUGAACUGAGUCAAGUCAUUGAGAACACUUUGAGGAGCUCUGAGCUUACUGAUGCUGAGCUUGCAAAGCUACUUGUUGAAACAAACCAUAAAGAAGGAAAUAUGGAUGCAGUUUUCAAUGUCCUUGGUGAAAUGGCCAAGGAUGGUCUCCUUCCAAACAGUGGACCAAGCACUUGUGAAGGGGGAUGAACAAUGGCAAAUCAGGUCGUAACCCAAGUAUAUCAGGAAGGUGAUAUGCCGAAAUUGCAUAAUUAUCCGAGUUUUUUUUUGUUGCCAGAAAAAUUACCUUACUGAUGCUAUGGUGGCCUGCUGCAAUGAACUGUGUUCCUCCUUUUCCAUGUUCGUCGGCCAAUUUAUUUGUGAGGAUUCUUCAUUUGUCACUGCGCUUUCCUUCAUUUACUGGAAAGUUCCUGAUACAAGUAACCAUACAUGCAUGCUUAUGCGACUCUGAGUAUAGUUUUUGUAUAAUAGCUGUAUUUGGUUUGAAUUACAUUAGGAUUUCAUUUUUGGUAGAUAGCGUUAUAUCUGUACAGAAACUUUAAAGUGUUUUGUAGAUCUUUCUUUCUUUCUUCCUAACCUUGAUUUCAUUCUAUCUCCAUGAUUCAAUUGUAAGAGGUUCUCACAAGGUCAUCAAACAAUUUCUGAGAACACUAUCUUGUGAUUUUGGGUACCGCUUGCUGCUCCUUUGUCCUUUUUACUUGUUCCAUUAGACGAUGUGAUGUUUGUAAAGUUGAUGACUCUAGAGGCAGUGUGGAUUUACAACUGACUUGGACUUCCACACAUUAGAAAUUUCCCUGUUCCUAUUUGGAAUGAGAAAA